GGCUAAUCUCGAUCAUUGUGCUGUUUUUCCCUGGUAAUUAUGAUAGAUGACGCACGAAGGGUAUACGCAUCGGCAGCGAAUCAGGGCGGCCAUGUGCCAAAAGCCAUCGCACCGUUUGCCUUGCGGGCAGUACGCACUGCCACGGCCGAAGACACGAUCUGGUCCGAGGUGAGCGAGCAAGCAUUCCGCCGGCUUCUGGUCGAGUUGGAGGAGCGCACUAAUGCGGUUCCUAUCGAUGUCGUGACUGCAGACGUCCAGCCUGAUGGUCGCGCUGACGGGGAUCCUGCAUGCCUGCCGUUGAGCGUCGAGAAGCAGGUCGCAGAUGACUUUGCGUACCUUGCUGCCGUUACUGAGGGGGCGCAAAGUGUGGCUGCUGUGUGUGUGGAGCAGCAUAUCUGUCAUUCGACGACAACGACGACGACGACGACGACGACAAGGCUGGUCCUACGCAUUGCUGGCAUGGAUGUAGUCGUCGAGAACGUCAGGGCGAUGCUAAAGGAUGUGUGCAUCAUACUAGAGGGCGUAGCGGCGUGCCGCCUGGAUGUGAACCAUGAAGGCCGCAAUGAGAUAUUCGCGGUCGUCGUCCGCCAACACCGCCAGAAGCUCUUGGGCCGGAUGCGAUCGAGGAAGUGGGUGAAGCCGAAGUACCUGAGCAAGCAGCACAAGAAGCCGCUUUGGAAGGACUUUGACAACGUCAUCCACCGUGCGCCACACGUCUAUCCGAAGAAACGCGAUUGUAGGACUCGAGAUCUCGUGAUCCAGAGUUUGACAGCGAUGCAGGCGAGGUAUACACGCUACGAGGACGUAAACGACGACGAUGGCAGUGCCAACCUGCUGCAUCUCCAGGAUCUCGUCAAAGCGACUUAUGACUUCUGUAAGCUCCCCGAGAUUGCAGCGUUUGCCGCACACUUUGAAGAUAUAUCGUCGCCGACGCCACAGGUCGGAGCAGUCAUCAAAACACUCCGUCAGCUCGAGAAGAUAGGCGCGUACUGGAGAAUCAGCAUGGACCUCGCAUCAGCGGCGGGGCAAUACUCGCAGUCAUUCCAAAGCAUACACUUGGCGUACGUGACGCCGUAUGCUGAAGUCCCGACAGACAUUGCAUACGAAAGCUGGGCAAAGACGAUGCACGUACAUGCUGAGGUCCAGCUGCUAGUUGAAUACGCGAUGCGGAAACAAGGCGAACACCAUCAUGAUGACAAGAACAAGUUGGUAAUCAUCUGGCCACGCACGAUCGGCACGAGCAAGUACCUCUGCUAUCUCUGCUAUCUCUUCCUGACCGAGCAUGGCGGGUUCGGGACUGCGCUGAGUUCUCACGGAAGACUGUUCGAUCAGUGGACCGUGCCUGAUCUGAGUGAGUUCGACGCGCAAACACAAGGCAUAUUCGCCAACGUGCUUGAGAGGGUGUAUCGGCGUGUGGAAUGGCAGCUAGGGUCGACGAGAGAACCGGUGCGCUGGCGCUCAGAGCCAAUGACGAGUCGACAAAGCUUGAUCAUGCAUGUGGGAGGGAGGGCCAUUCCAGUUGACCCGCCUUUAGUUACAUAGAAAGCUUGGCAGCUGACGUUCCGGCCAUCUCGAAGUAUUAGCGCCGCGCUACGCUCAGAUAGACUAAUUUACCCUAUUAAGCGC